AUGGACACAUUACCACUGGAGAUCAUCACCACAAUCUCGGAGCACCUCGAGCCCUCCGACUUCACGGCUUUCGAGAGCGUGAACAGGGCUUUGCGCCACUCUAUUGAGCAGAUCCUAGCCGACGCCACUGUUUACACUGACGAAGAUGAAUACGCGUCGCUCGAGGCUCGAUACGACCGAUCGCGCCGUCGUGCCUGCUUGGAAUUUUUGGUUGUUCACAUCAGACUCCCGGAGAUCCUGAAUGAUCACGAUAAUGAGGCUGAAUUCGAGUACAAGGCGUCCAAGAACAACGAAGCCUUCACCAAUAAGAUGCUAUAUCUCAUGAGACUUUUGCAUUCAUGGGAGCAAGAGCUUGAAAGCAGCAUACAUUUAGUCGUACACGUCACGGCACCGGGUAUCCCCGCUGAUUUUGAUGGGAGGGCAUGGGAUUGUAAUGGAGUUCCCAACUGGAUGCGCGACCCGAGAGAGGUCAAGUGUUUUCCCACACGCGGUCAAUCUCUCAAGUUCUCCGGGCGUCCCAAGACCGAUAGAGCCAUGCGCACCUUUGAUCUCACGGCAGCCAUCCUUCUGGCAUUGCCUGUUGCUCACGCACAGGUCCCAGAUAUCGCAGGCUUUUCAAAGACUUGGUUUGAUGAUUUCACCGGAUCUCGCGGUGCCCUGCCUAGUAGUGGAAACUGGAUCAUUGAUACCGGCACCAGCUACCCUGGAGGCCCAGCAAAUUGGGGAACCGGAGAGGUCCAGACCUACACCAAUAGUCCCAGCAAUGUCGCCACCAACGGCCAGGGAAACCUGGUGAUUACCGCGAUCAAAGACGCAAAAGGCGCAUGGACUUCCGCCCGAAUCGAGACCAAGCAGACUUUCAUGGCUCCGGCAGGCAAGAAGAUGCGUGUUCAAGCUAGCCUGAAGCUUCCCAACCUCGGUGGCGGAGGCGUCGGCUACUGGCCAGCUUUCUGGACUUUAGGCGCCGCUUACCGUGGCAACUACUGGAAUUGGCCAUCAGUCGGCGAGAUCGAUAUCAUGGAGAACGUGAACAACGUCAAUCGAGUUUGGGCUGUCCUGCACUGCGGCACCAACCCAGGCGGACCAUGCAACGAGCCUAGCGGACUCGGCAACAGCAAGAAUUGUCCCGCGACUUCCUCUUGCUCUGGAGUAUUUCGCACGUACGCCGUUGAGGUUGAUAGAACCAAGUCUCCAGAGGCUAUCCGGUGGUAUGUGAACGACCAAUUGCUUCAUAGUGUCACCCAAACACAGCUUCCAGCGGCUGUCUGGGCAAACACCACCCAAAAGGCUCACUUUGUCUUGUUGAACAUGGCCAUGGGUGGGAGUUUCCCAGAUGCCAUUUAUGGAUCAAAGACACCAAUUGCCACUACGGUUUCGGGAGGGACGUUGGAGGCACAAUAUGUGGCGGUGUAUUACUCAAAAUAA